AUGGCCGACACGGACACAGCCGAAAUUCUACGGGAAUGCCGCGAUCAGAUCGAAUCCGAUGUGGAAGCUAUUACUCAAACGGGUCGCGAUAUUGUCGAAUCCGCAACACAAGUCUUAAGGGAUCUCCAAACUGCGCAUUCUACUGACAGUGUUACUGACCGAGUGUUGAGUGUUGUAUCGGAUACGCAAGACGUUGAAACGCCGAAACACUUCAUGGUUCAAAUCUACGCAUGGUCGUCGGUUUGCGCUCUCGGAGCCAUGGUAGGGAUGUAUCUGGGCCACACGAUAUUGGUACCAUUUAUUGAAUCGGUUGCGGAAAGCAGCACUGCAAUGCUACUUGGGUGCAUCGUUUUGGCCGUCUUUGGAAUCCGCUGUUAA